AAGUCAAGGAAAGCUUAUUUAUAUAGAACUAGCUGGAUACAACUGGGUUUAAGGGCUUGUUUGCUCACAGUGUUUUCUGCUUCUUUUUCUUUUUAUAUUUUGUUUCCGUUUUCAUGAUGUUGCCUACUAAGAGGCCUGCUCCUGAUCAUGGUGAUGAUGAAAGGAAUGAAGUUAUGGUCCCUGAACCAAAAAGAAGAACUAACCUUAAGAAUAUUAGAAACAUAAUGGGUGUCGGAGGGCUUUCCUUUAAUAAAAUUGUGCUCAACCUUGAACCAAUGCUUAGAAUAUGGGUUCACGAGGCAGUGGAAGCUGCAAUUAGGUCCUCCAUUCAUCCAUCUUCAAGGCCUUCGCUUAAUCGGAUCGAGGCAUCAAGAGGACGAAGGCUGCAGUUACGUUUCGUCGAUAAACCGCCUUCAACUAUAUUUACAGGCAGCAAGGUUGAGGCUGAGAAUGGUAAUCCCAUUCGGAUUAUCCUAGUUGAUGCAACUAGCCAGGCAAUGGUCUCGUCUGGCUCGCUGUCUUCUAUUAAGGUCGAGAUUGUCGUCCUUAACGGUGAGUUUGGCACUGAUGAACGACAAGAUUGGACCGAAAACGAAUUCAAUGCCAGUGUUCUUCGUGAACGAGAAGGUAGAAGGCCGUUGGUAACUGGAGAUCUCAACAUUACGUUGGUAGAUGGUGUAGGUACUGUUGAUAAUGUGAUUUUCACCGACAAUUCGAGCUGGAUAAGAUGUCGAAAGUUCCGGUUGGGAGCUAGAAUUGUGCAAAGGAGUGCUGGUGAAGUGACAAUCAGGGAAGCUACAAGUGAUGCAUUCAUGGUGAAGGAUCACCGGGGAGAAUUGUACAAGAAGCACUACCCACCGCUCCUUCAUGACGAAGUAUGGCGUCUCGAAAGAAUAGCAAAAGACGGCGCCUUCCAUAAACGUUUGGCAUGUAAAAACGUUCAUACCGUGAAGGACUUCUUACGGUUGCUUGUUACCGAUCCAAUCGCACUACGCAAUAUACUAGGUGGUGGGAUCUCAAACAGGGUAUGGGAAACAAUCAUAGAACAUGCUUUAUCAUGUGUUCCUGAUGAUGACGAAUGGUAUGCCUACCAUGGAACUGCACAAAGAGUUCGACUCAUAUUAAACUCUAUUUACAAGGUUGUUGAAGUAACAUUUGAUGGCCAAGAUUACCUACCUGUGGAAAAUUUAACCUUUUCUCAGAAGCUUUUAGUGGAAGAUGCAAAGAGACAAGCUUACAAGAAUGUUUGGAACCUGACCCCAGUUGAUCGGCGAGCAAUUAUGGGCCCUUCGAUGCCCUUUACCGAUCUGCUGCCUGAACCAGUAGGCACCUCUAAUUUACUUCUGCAGCAACCUGAUUUCUCAGGUACAAGACCAGACAUGCCACUAGGAUUGAACCAAUCCUCAACAUCAUUUUCCUAUGAAGUGGAAAAUCCCAAACCCUUACAGGGAAUUGAACCACUUAAUCCAAUGCUAAGAAACAGUAGUUUUAGAAUGGAAGGGAUCUUCCCUUACAAUGCAGACAACAGUUUUUCAUUUUUCGCGGACGACGGUUUCGGUACAAAUCAGGACAACACUCCAGCAUGGGCACAAGGCAGUGGAUUCAUUUUCACACCAGACUAUGAAACAUCAUCUAUAAGCUUCUUGUCUUCUUUCCCGAGCUUCAAUGUACAUGACCGAAGCAUCGGAGAGACAAGAGAAGUGUGUCCCAAAAACAGGUGGUUGAAGGUACGAGCUGUUAUCCAAUGGAAAUCAAUCAGCCGCGGCGCUGCAAAAAGGCGGCGGCAGGACUGGCUGCAACAAGGUAUAUGUACAUGAAUAAUAUAUAAGAUCAAUUGCACAGCAAUUAAGCAUCUCCUACAUGUUUAAUGCAAUCAGGAGAUAAUAAUCAGUCUCCUAGAUGUUUCAGCAUAGGUUUCUAAAUCUUAUGUAGCGUUUUUUCUUCCUAUGGAAAUGUAUUGUAAUGUAUUGUAGGCGAGGGCAAGUAGUAGUAUUUUCUCUUAGGUUCAUUUAUGUGGUUGUAGAUUUCACCUUUGUAACUUGUAAUUAACAAUUGCAAUCAAAACAAGGCUGCUUGAAAGUUAAAAAAAUAAUAAAUUCUUAUGUUGAUCUGUUGAUUAGUAA